CCAAAGCUUAUUCCUACUUGCCACAAGAUUUUUUAUCAUCAUUAGAUUUAAUUGCACAAUCUAAUAUUGAAAAAACUGGAUCUUUGGGAUAUUAUAAUUUUACAGUUCAAGAGGCAUUAGACUUCCAUGCAAUGUCUGGUGGAUUAAUUAAUUAUAUUGUAACUGGUUCAGAACAAUUUCCUGCUUUCACAGUAAAAAUCCGUCGAGCAAAAGCUCUUAAACUUGGAGAUGAAAUAUAUCAGUCAUUCUUUUCACGAUCUGAUUUAAAUUCAAAUAUAUUUGCACGAUGGCAACUAAAUGAUGGUAAAAGAAUUAAUUGGCUAGGAGUGAUUAAGUUUUUUUUUGAACAUCGUAUAUUUUUACCAAAUUCAACAACACCUACUAGUCAUUUUCUUGCUAUAGUUGAUUGGUAUAAAAGAGAUCUACAAAAGCAAAGUUACUUUUAUGUCAAAUCACAUGAUGAUAUAUUGUCUACAAAUGCAGAUGGAAGUUAUCAUACUAAAUUAUAG